AUGUUCAACCCUUCAAAUAAUCGGAAAAAGACAAAGUCCACCAGCUCAACGGCCAAGCAAAUAAGGGAUGUUCAACGGUCGCUAAAAUUGGAGUCUCUAUCCGCUUCUGUUAGAGUUGAGCUUGAGCGCAAGCUCAAGACCCUUCAGCAACUGUCGAUGGAGUCCAAGGCUAGAAGCGGACAUACAGAUGUGCAGAAGAUCCAUAUGGAAAAAUAUAGAAUGGUAAGAUUUUUCGAGAAAAAAAAGGCACUGAAAAGGCUAAAAUCUCUCAUAAAAUCCAAUGCGCCCAGCGAGGAAGUUGAUAAGGCCAAGUUGGAUUUGAAUUACACAGUCCAUUUCCCUAAGGAUACAAAGUACAUUUCUCUUUAUCCAAAUAACAAUUCUGAAUCUCCCAUUGUGCUCGAAAAAAAGGCAAAAAUAAUGGGAUCAAUUAAAAGCGAUAUUGCUUCGGGACUCCUCUGUGACAUCGCUUCCGAGCUACUACUUUCUGGCAUGAUUUCAGGUCACACGGACAAAUAA